AUUCUAGAGUCAGUACUAUGGUCCUUGCUCAUAAAAUUGCCUGUGUCACUAAUAGAAUAUUGGAGAAUCAGGAUUUCCUUUCAGGUCUCUGGGGCAACAGGCCAGAUGACCAAUCAACUAGGUGUAGGGUCAUUGUUGGAGGUGGAAAUGUUGCUAUGACUACUGAAACCUUGGUGAUUGUACCAAACAGAAAGAGCCUGUUCAGUCUCCCAGGACCAUAUCGAACCAAGUCUGUAGAUAUGUCUAUGGAAAGCAUGGCAAAGAUAGAAGAGAGUUUUCAAAGAGCCUUGGAACUUAAGAAGAUGGUUGACAGGUGGCGAAAUUCACACAUUCACUGUCUGUGGCAGAUGACAUUGAGCCAGAGGCGAAACCCUUAUGCCACCCUAAGGAUGCAGGAUUUCAUGGUACAGGAGUUGGCACUGGCCAAUAAGCAACUACUGAUGGUCCGUCAAGCUGCCCUGCACCAACUGUUUGAAAAGGAGCAUCAGCAAUACCAGCAGGAACUAAAUCAGAUGGGCAAAGCUUUUUAUAUAGAGAGACUCUGAUGCCAUAGGAAACACUGUUCUUCCAUUUUCAUCGUGCCCACUAACCUGGCCUUCUUUAGCCCCUACCACCUUCAUCUUCC